UAUUUAAUAAAUGUAAAAAUUGAGGAUGAAUACAUUUAGCUAUUAGAUAAACGCGUCACCUUAUACAUUUCGAUUCGAUAUGCAUGUUAUUCGGCAAUAUUCUGCAUUAAGAAAUUGUCAAACUGUGAUAUUCAGAUCAAACAUUUUCGACGUGGUCACGUCGAAUAUGAGCAACAGGAUUGAAUACUUGAUGAAGUAUUCAGUUGCACCUCCGCCCAGCAGAGAUUAUUACGGUCUAAAGAUUUUUCAAGACGAAAUAAUUUUGUACUUAUGGAAAAUUUCUCACGGACCUCGUAAAACACCGAUAGUACAUCGUGUCACAUUUACCGAAUUCAAUCAAGAAAAAUCUUUACAGGACGAAAUAACGUCGCGGAUUAUAGGUAAAUAUUUAUUAGAACACGUAAAAAAUAUUGCUGAAGGACAUAAAAAGACUCUUUUGACUUUAUCAAUAUCUUUAAUCGGAAAAAUAUCAAAGUGUUUACAGAUUACAGAUAUAAUUAAAUUGUUUUCAUUAUCAUGUGCAGCCUAUGAGGUAAAAGAAAUACUAAUAAAAUUAGUAAUUUGUGCAAUAUUUCUACUUGUUUUUAGAGUAUUUAAUACUAAUUUAAUUUGGCAAAUACUUUAUACAAGAGACAAAAGAACCAAAAUUAAUUUAAAGGAAAAGGAAAAGAUUUUAGUUUAUGGUUGGAAGCAAUUGUAUAAAGACAAACAAAUGCAGUCGUCAAUCAAAAAUCAAAAGAAUCUUAGGAUUUCAUCAUCAAAUACAAAUAAUGCAAAAACUAUCAAAUUAUUAAAAUCUAUCAACAAUGCCUCAAAAUCUAUUUCAAACACAACAUCGACUAUUGACAUGAGUAAGAAAUGCUCAGACCUUUCAAUGGAUCUUAUAACAAUCCCACUUUCCAAAACGAUAUCUGAUACUCAAUUUCAAACAUAUACAAAAAACGAAAAACCCCUCCCACAAAAAAAGAAUAUAAAAAAUUUUACAUUUAAUGUAAAUGAAAAAAAUGUUAAAAAAGAUCUCGUUAUAUCAAGAAUGACAAAAAAACAAAAAAAUGAAAAUAUCUCCAAACGUAAUGAAAUCUGUAAUAAACAAAUAAAUCAGACGGAAAAAUACUCAAAUAAAAAUAAUAAUAUUAACACAAAAUUAGUGACAUCAACACAAGAAAAUAAAUUAAAAUCUAAAAAAUCACAAAUUGCUUCUAAACCGUCUCUUUCCAAAAACACUAUAAGAAAUGUUAAAUCGUCCUCAGUUUUAACGUCAAAUUUAUCUAACGAUAUUAGAUCAAAAAUCAAGAACACACCUAAAAAGAAAAUAGUUGCAAUCAAAUCUGAAACAUUUAACACCGAUAAAAAAAUACCUGAAAAUCCUUUUGUAGACGACGGUUUUAAUCUGGCCGAUUUGAUCGAGGCAAGCUUAAAGAACAUUCGAAGUCCACGAAGUAUAUUUGAUUAUGAUUUCAGCUACAUGCAACAAGCGGGCACAACAAGAGAUAUUUUGAAAAUUAGAAAUGAAAUUCAAAACAUCGAUAAAUUGAAUCAUCUAAAAUCUAGUAAAAGCAAUGUUUUCACACAUAACUUUUCUAACAAAAUAAUUCAUGGUGACGGACUUUUAGAGAAACUUUCAGAAAAAUCUGAACCUCUUAGUGAACCAUCUACGGAGUCUCUUGUAAAUAAUAAAAAAUCUAUUCUAGAAGGUGAUAAUAAACCCUUCUCAUUAUCUGAGAAAUAUAUAAAAGCUCGAACAAAACUUCGAAAAUCUUUAGAUUGUAAACAGAGUGAUUCAACAUCCUCUCAAACUCGAUGGAAUCCAAACUUAGAAUAUAUAAACUUUCAAAACAAAUCCUUUAAAAUCAAUCCUAAGAUAAUUGACAACAAUAAUGAAAAAUCAUUUAAAGAAUCAUUGAAGACAACCUUUUUAGCAAAAACAAAUAAUUCGAAU